CUUACACUUGCACACUUGACACAGCGAAGGAAAGGUCUUUUUGGGUCUGUCCUCGAUCCUGUCAUGCCAGAAUAAAUAAUAAUCAUAAAAAGAAGAAUCGAUCCAGCGAGCAUAUUGAACAUGGAGAAGAAAGAGGAGAGCGUCGUGGUCAAACGUAGCAGUUCAGAGCAGAGGAAACUGCAUUCCCGUGAUGCGGCCAGGUGUAGGCGAACUAAGGAAACAGAGGUGUUUUACGAGCUCGCCCACACUCUGCCACUCCCCCGCCGAGUCUCCACCCAUCUGGACAAAGCCGCCAUCAUGAGAGUCGCCCUCAGCUUCCUGCGGAUGCACCACCUCCUCAAACCUGGUGAGAAUCAGAAGGAGUCUGAAAAGGAGGAGGAGGAGGAGGAGGAGGAGCUGCAUGAAGACCCAAUGGACUGUUUCUACCCUCAGGUCCUGGCCGGCUUCAUCAUGGUGAUGACGGAGGAGGGAGACAUGAUCUACCUGACAGAAAAUGUCAGCAGACACAUCGGCAUCAGUCAGCUGGACCUGCUGGGUCACAGCGUCUACGACUUUGUUCAUCCAUGUGAUCAGGAGGAGCUCCGAGACCUGCUGACUGUACGUCCAGGCUUGAGUAAGAAACCGCUGACAGAGCAGGCGAGUGGGAGGAACUUCUUCCUGCGAAUGAAGAGCACGCUGACCAGCAGGGGGCGCACCGUCAACAUCAAAUCUGCCAACUGGAAGGUUCUCCACUGCACAGGUCACAUGCGGCCGUUGGGCGGCUCGUCAUCGCCCCCUGCUGCCAGAGUGAUGACCCUGCUGUGUGAGCCUGUUCCUCACCCGUCCAGCGUGGAGUUCCCUCUGGACACCUGCACCUUCCUCACCCGCCACAGCAUGGACCUGCGCUUCACACACUGCGAGGGCAGGGUGACAGAGUUGGUGGGAUACAAACCUGACGAUCUGAUUGGACGCUCGGCAUUUGAGUUUCAUCAUGCGCUCGACUCCGAUCACGUCAACAAGAGCCUGCACACAUUGCUGUCCAAAGGUCAGGUUAGCACCAGCCAUUACCGUUUCCUGGCGAACAGCGGCGGCUUCGUCUGGGCAGAGACUCAGGCCACCGUCCUCUACAGCAGCAAGACGUCGCAACCCGAGGCUGUAGUCUGCCUCAACUUUAUACUCAGUGCCGUGGAGCAGCCGGACGUCGUUUUCUCUGUUGAGCAGAUUCGUUGCAGGCAGCUGUCUAAAGCCGAACCUCAGUCACCUUCACCCGCAGCGGAGGAAGUUUGUGAGACUGCUGACAGUGAGCGUCAGACCGAAGACGCGGGUUCGAAGCCCGGCAGCUCUGCAGAGCUUUUCUUCAAACUGAGCGUGAAGCCAGGGGAGCUUCUCCAGCUGGCUCCAGAUGCCGGAGACACCAUCGUACCGCUGACAGGAGACUUUGUCGAGCUGUCGUUUGCCCACCCGCUCAGUCUCAGCUCCGUGCUGGACCACCCGCAGGACCUGUGCACGCCGCAGCUCCGACAGCUCCUCUCACCCAUCUUCAACCCCCUCACUCCACCUUCAUCAUCAUCAUCAUCAUCAUCAUUAUCACCAAUCUCUACAUCUGAUUCUGAGCCGAGCUGCAUUGAGGAGAAGGUGAUGGACACCAGCACGAUCUUGCAUUUAUUAUCAGUUUGGCCAGAAGAUGGUCGGACCGAAAAGGGGCAGAUGCUGGAGGACAUGGAGGGGAUGGACCUGGACAUGUUGGCUCCUUACAUCUCUAUGGACGAUGACUUCCAGCUGACCUUCCUCAGCAACCUCCCAGAGGAAACUAUCAACCCUCCCUCCUCUUCGUCUGAGCCCUUGGUUAUGACGCCUGCGGUCACAGCGAGCAGGAAACGGACCCAUAACCCAGAUGAGGAAAUGCCAUCCCAGCUGAUGAUUCAGGACAAGAGACCGAAACAGGAGCCUUCCUCACUAGAAGAGAAUCUACUUCUCACCCACAAAUUACUGGGAUCUCUGGAGGAAACCGACCAAUCAGAUCUACUCCUGGACCCGGGCCCGGAAGAAUGGAGUAAGCUGCUCACAGACAGAGACCCUAUUUUAGGAGGCGGACAAGGAAUCUGUGAGACCGCAGCUCUGAUGAGGGAAAUAUUCGUAGCACACCCACCUGACCUGUCGCCGCCUCUCUCACCUAUGACUUGAUGAAGCACUGGUCGGUCAAGAGUUGGCUCAACUUCUCUGUUUUUUAUUAAGACGAGAAACUCAAACGCCGGAUCUGUCUGCAACCAUAGCAACCUGAGCACACAAAUUCAAAAAAACACACCACGCACACACAGAAAAACAAAUUUAGACUCACAUAACGCUGUGUAACCAUGGUGUUGCUUGUAGCUGAACCACAACAGCCGGUUUCUUUGGGGGUUUUUUCCCCUUAUCAGUCUCUCACUGUGAAACAAAAGCUGAUGUAGGAGUCCGACUGAAAGUGCUGCAGUCCACUUACUUUAAACCGACACUGCUCAGCCGCUCGAUUUUCCUCUGCAUUUACACUUUAUCACCGAUUUUAAAAGGACCAGUCUGUAGGAUUUAGUGGCAUCUGGUGGUGAGGAUGCAAAAUCAACCAACUAAUUACCCCUCUCCUCUCCUUCCAAACGAGUAGGAGGACCUUCAGUGGCUGCGAAACUCGCACAAAAAACAUGAAAGACCCUCUACUAAUGUAGAAACAUGGCUGAUGCAUUAAGGUUUCAUUCUAAGGUAAAGAAAACGACACUUAUGAAUAUUAUGUUCCAUUUCUGUAAAGCUGAUUUCACUAUUUGCCCCUAAAUUCUACAUACUGCACCUUUUUUAUUGUGAGAAAUCUUCAUUGUGGCCUGUAUGUGUCAUGGAAAACAGCAGGUGGUGCUACAUUUUUCAAAAUAAAAGGUAUGAAA